AUGCCGUCGGAACAUUCCCGUUCUUCCUCGGACGCAUCAGCAACCUCUGUUCCCACAAUUAACAUUAGACGUGCUCCUACUCCUCCUAAUAAUAUUUCUAAUCAGUCCAAUCUAAAUACCAACUCUAACAAUGAACAACUUUUAGACGCCAGUGAUGCACGCUCAAAUGGUCAAUCAAAAGAUAGAAAUCGUGAUAAAAGCACUUCAAGAGACAGAAGUUCUUCACGAGGAAAAAGUCCCGGUCGAAAAUCUGACAAACGAGGUAAAAGCUUGUCUCCUGGGCGCAAAAGUCCUUCGGGAGAGAAGCUUUUAAGUACUUCAAAAAAUUCUAAUAGAUCUAGAAGUCCAAGUCCUCGUCCAAAAAGUCCCGGUCGUAGUAAUUCGUCACGUUCAAAAAGUCCUCGUAAUAAUAAUCAUAAUAGAGUAGGAAGUGAUAAUUCAAAUAAUAGAUCUAAUUCUCAGGAUGCUCGUGUAGGAUUAGGCAACAAAAUUCUACAUCCGUGGGUUGCCCCUUCUCUCAACUCAAACGGUGAAACGAACAAUUCAAAGAGUGCGAAUAGAUUAAGUCUUCCAAACUUUACUGAUAACGCUAGUCUAAAUAACGCAAUACGUGAAAGUAAUGAACGAUGGGCAAAAUUAAAUCUCGUCCAAGCUGAAAGCAAAGGAAUGGGUAAUUUUUCUAAACCUGCUAACAGCCUUCGAGUUGUCUCUACGCGUCCGAAACUUCAUGUUGAGACUUUCAGUCAUUUACUUGGAAGCAAAGCUAUGCAAAGAACUCAAUCGGGUCAACGUGUUGGAAAGAAUAAUGAUUCUCCACUAGUGGUCGCUGGUCUUCCUUUGAAUCGGUCUAGAAGUCAUAACUCUGCUAUGGAUAGUAAUAAUACUUUACCUGCUUCAUUUUUAAAAGAAUUAGAAAAAAAGCAUCCUCUUCAACAUUCUUGUAAACCAGUAAUGACUCCCGGCCCUAAGACACCAACAGGAAUGUUAUCGUAUGAAGAAAAUUUACAGACUAUUGGUACUUUCGACACGGUAAUUAUGAUGUAA